AUUUCGUUAGUCACUUCUAGUUUGGCAUCGGGUGACGCACUCUUUCGUUAAUCGGACACUCCGGUCAUCCCAAACCAAUUCAAUUUAAAUCAUAAUCAUUGUCGUCCGACGAGGAUUUUCGCGUUCGGUUUUUUGUUUUUUUUUUUACUUUUCACUUUUUGUCUUUUUUUUUUAGAAUAUUUCAUCGUCCUCUCGCCAUCCCCGUCUCCGUCCUUAGUAGUAUAAUAACAAACGACGAUAUCCGAUCGACGUCACGUCAUUGACGACCAAGACGACAACAUCAACAUACAUCGUCAUCAACAAAUCGACAACAACAAUAACAGUAUAAGACCACUACCGCCGUGUGAGAGUUUACAAAUUGUGGAAGGGUAUAGAUAUUUAUUGUAUUAGUCGUACUAUAUAUACCCUUCGGCCGGUCUUCGUUUUCGUGUUUUCACCAAUUAAUCGUCCGUCGGAUCGCGGUUGUCGACAAAGCAUCGCACACGUACAGUUCGCACCGAACACGCUAGUCAUUCGCUCGCGCCUCAAUCGCACGCAAUCGUCCGUCGCCACUGCCGCCAUCCAUCCAUUCACCGCCACUUGCUCAGUGGCGUCGACAUUUUGAACCUCAGCGUACAGUAACGGGCACCGCGAUUGAUCUGAAAGGUGUAGCGGGUGGUGAUCCGCACCACCCGCACAACAUUUUCCCCGCACUGUUCUCGAGACAGUUGAACUUCAAUAACGGGUCACACCAUCACGGCGGCACGGCGCACUCAUCAGCGGGGAAACUCAUGAUGGAUGAUUUACGGCCGGGUCUGGGAGGCAUAUUGGGUUUGAUGGAUCACGAUCACCAUCACCAUCACCUGCACCAUCAUCACCCAACCGCGGUGCACACGGAUAAGCAACGCGUUUCGAAAGGGGCCAGUGACUCGUCCAACGAACUCGGCUCGUUGUACGGUUUGCCUGUAAAUGCGGCCGGGGACUCGUCUCACCAUAACACACCUUCUCCCGGGCGAGGAUCAUUAGCCGACCAGACUGCAUCAGAAGGCGCAUUUAAAAAAUUGAAAACAGAACCAUUGACAUCAGUAGGUAGCAUAAGUGCUAGUCAUGCCGGACACACACCUACUACGGCGACAUGCCCUACUCCUGCCAGAAGAAGACACCGCACGACUUUUACUCAAGAACAACUCGCAGAACUUGAAGCCGCUUUUGCAAAGUCUCAUUAUCCUGACAUUUACUGUAGGGAGGAAUUAGCAAGAAGUACAAAACUCAAUGAAGCUAGAAUACAAGUAUGGUUUCAAAACCGAAGGGCCAAGUAUAGAAAACAGGAAAAGCAAUUGCAAAAGGCUUUAGCCCCGCCCUCUAUGCUUCCCGGAUGCAACGGGGCCGCCAUGAUGAGAAACAUCUACCCUUCGGCAUCCAGAACGUAUCAGGCGUACCCGCACCCGAAUAGCAUGAACAGAUACCAUCCACAGAUGUCGUCUAGUUCAUAUAUGUCUACUGCCGUGAUGAGUCAACCAUUCACAGUAACCAGUCAUCAUUCAAAUCCGGCAGGAGCUUCUAAUCAGUCUUCUAUUACGACGCCUGCAGGAAUGAUGCCCGAAGAAGACUGGUACAAUAAAAGUUUAUCAGCAUUGCGGAUGAACUCUGGCCACCAUCCAAACCUCACUACUCCAAUGUUACAAUACCAGACAUAGAGUUGCUGUGAUAAUAGAUACAUAAUAAUAUACCGUAUGAUUAUUUAUUUAUAAUAAUUACUACGAUAAUAUUAUUACUACGGGCUGAAUGGGCCACAUUUUUAAAAUCCCACGCCAUUAUUAUUAUUAUUAUUAUAACUGUGAAUUAUAUCUUCAAUAGAAUAAUCUUUGAUAUCUUGAAACUCUUUUUGCUGAUUUGUGUACAAAAUAAUGUAGGAUUUCCUUUAAUAUCUAUCUAAUUUAAUUAUA